AUGACUUCAAAGUACACCUCCAAACUCGCUGGCCAGCGGGUAAUGGUCCUGGGCGCAACCUCAGGCAUCGGAUUCUGCGUUGCAGAAGCAGCAUUCGAGAAUGGUGCCCACCUGGUCCUGUCCAGCUCCAAUCAAAGCAAGCUCGAUAAGACGGUUGCGCGUCUCCGCGAGACCUAUCCUGAGCGAACCCAGCAGACCAUCGUCACCCAAGUUUGCGACCUGAGUGACGUCACCAACCUCGACAGAAACAUUGAGACGUUAUUCAAAGCCGCUACCAACAAUGGCGAGCUCAAGCUUAACCACAUUGCUAGUACUGCUGGAGACGGUCUCAGCAUCAUCCCUAUUGCACAGGCAACUCCCGAAGCGAUCUACACCGGUAUGACCGUCCGCUUCACCGCGCAGGCCAUCCUCGCAAAGUACAUUCCGACCUAUAUGGAAGUCUCGCCCAACAGCUCGUUCACCUUCACCAGUGGCGCGCGCGGCAAGAGGCCCGCGGCAGGCUGGUCUCUGAUUACCGCAAUGUGUGGUGCGGUCGAGGGUCUCAUGCGCGGACUGACGGUCGACUUGCGGCCCAUUCGUGUGAACGUCGUUUCUCCUGGGGCUGUACAUACUGAAUUGUUCGACCAAUUUCCCCGGGAGGCUUUGGAGCCGAUGCUUGAAAGCUUUCGUCAGGCGACGACGACGGGAACUGUUGGCACGCCGGCGGAUGUGGCCGAGAGCUACAUCUAUCUCAUGAAGGAUAAUUUCGCGACAGGCUCGGUCAUCGACUCCAAUGGGGGCAGUGUUCUAGUUUAG